AUGGCCACGGAAGGCGACGGGACGCCGGACCGCAUCAGCGGCCUCUCCGACGACCUCCUCCACAGCAUCCUGCUCCGCCUCGGCGCCACCCCCGAAGCCGCGCGCACCAGCGUCCUCGGCCGCCGCUGGCGACGCGUCUGGGCCGACCUCCCGGAGCUCACCCUCUCCUACGACCACGAAUCGCCGUGGUCGUCCGAGCCGGUGUGCCGCCCCAUCGACGCGGCUCUGGGCGCCUGCUCCGCGCCGGCCGUCGACCGCCUCGCGAUCUCGCUGCCGCGCACCUGGACCCACUUCCCCAUGUACCGCGUCGCUCGGUGGCUGCGCUUCGCGUCGCAGCGCCUCAUAGGCGAGCUCCGCCUCUCGAUGGCCCCCCACAACUACCACGACAGGAAAGCAAUGGUGCUCCCGCCGUGUGCGAGGGCUACCUGUAUCCGCCUCGACCUCUGCGGCAACACCCUGCGGUUCGAGCUGGCCUCCGGCGGGGCGUUCACGGCGCUGUCCACCCUGAGGAUACAGCAGGGCUGCAUGGACGGCCGUGAACUGGAAGACGUCGUGUCCUCUCGCUGCCCAGGUUUGAAGGAGCUCGCCCUGGGCUCCGUCUUCCUAGAAGGAGCUCCGAGCCUCUGCAUACGGUCCGACUAG